AUGAAUUUUCUUUUACUGUUCAGUAUUUUAUUACAAAUAAUUCUUGUAAUUAAUGCGCGACAAUUUAGAGUCACAGAUCAAGUUUUUUUGGACAUUAAAAGUGAAAAUAAACCAUUGGGUCGAAUAGUUAUAGGACUUUUCGGUGACUUGGCACCAAAAGGUGUGAAAAACUUUAAAGUAUUGGCUACAAAAGGUAUAAACGGUAAAUCAUACAAAGGCACUGGUUUUAACCGUGUAAUUAAAAGAUUUAUGGUACAAGGAGGAGAUGUUGUGUCCGAUGAUGGUAGAGGUUCGAUUAGUAUAUACGGUAAAACUUUUGAGGAUGAAAAUUUAGAUACGGAGCACACCGCGGCUGGCUUCGUAUCAAUGGCUAAUAACGGGAAAGAUACGAAUGGAUGUCAGUUUAUCAUAACCACAAAACCAACACCAUGGUUGGAUAACUUACAUUCUGUGAUAGGAAAGGUGGUAGAUGGACAAAAAGUAGUACACAUGAUAGAGCAAACGCCGACGGACAUGGAGGACAAGCCUGAGGUGCGAGUGUACAUUGAGGAUUGUGGCCUCUUGCCUACGCAGCCCUUCUACAUAUCCGACGAUCCUUACGAUUUGUGGGGUUGGAUAAAGGCUUCCGCAGUACCCCUCUCCAUGUCAUUCUCGAUUCUAGGUUUCUUUCAUUGGAUGAUCAAGAAAAUGGAAAUU